CGAGCAAAGACCAGGGAUUGAUUGACCAUAUAGCCACAUAUGUACAUGUUAUUUGCAGUGUAGGGAAGUGCACAAAUAGUUUUAUGUCAAAACCUAUUACGAUAAUAGGUGAGUGAGUGAGUAAACAACGUUUAGCUUAAGAAUUACGAUAAUGAUGUAUUAAAAGUUCCUCAUGCGUAUAUGUGAGGACAGUUUAAGAGAGCUGCACUCUGCUUUCUGGAACUGUGUCUCUGCUCUUACGGAGUGUUACUGAGAUAAGGAACAAAAGAGGUUUUGAGAGAGGAGGGCAAAGAUGAUGGCCGGUGAGAUGCAAGCAGCCAUACAGAAGGUGCCAAUGGGGUACCGGUUCCACCCGACAGAUGACGAGGUACUCAGCUACUACUUGAGGAGAAAGAACCAGGGGCUUCAAGAACCGGAAUGCGUCAUUCCCGAGGUCGAUAUUUGCAGGUGGGAACCCCGGCAAUUACCAGGAAAGUUUAGGGAAUCAUCGAUUGUAGAGCCAAAAGACCCCGAGUGGUGGUUCUUCUGUGAGCAGGAGCCCGGUCGAACCCAUCGGAGGUCAACCAAUGAAGGGUUCUGGAAGAAAACUGGUCGCCCGAGGGAUCUGACGAGUUCAUUUAGCAAAGAGGUGAUUGGGUCUAAGAACUUCCUAACGUUCUUCCAAGGAAAUAGUUCCAACAGUACCAAGACUGACUGGGUCAUGCACGAAUACCACCUGCUGAGCAAUGCUCUCGAUGGCCUUCUCCGGGGCAAUAGGAAGAACUACGUUUUGUGUAUGAUAAAGUGCAAUCCAGACAAGAGGGCCAAUUCAACUCCAUCCUUCCAUGAAUAUGAAUAUGAACGAUGUGAGCCUACGACUAUCGACUGGGAUGAAUUUCUUGAGCUGGAACCUGACGAUGGUUUCAUACCAGAGCAUUUGAUUCUAGCGACAAUGCAAUCGCUAGAACCCCCGCGCAGGACUCCGACAAACUCGCCGCCUAUGAUGAUGGUAGAGUCCCAACAGCAUUUCUCCAGUUCAGCUGAUUCCACUGCCAUGCAGUUAUCGUCUGAAAGGGACUCUAUUGAGUUGGAUUCGCCACUUUCUGCCAGUGAAGACAGCGAUGUCACUGAUUUCUUGAAUCAGGUUCUCAUAGACCAGGAUGACCACUUCGAUGGACUUGAAAUGCAAACAGAUGUUUUCCCAUCUGGAGUUAUCCAAGACCUGGAUGACAAUAUGUUUGAAACAUUGAUGCCUCAUGAAGAGCAAGCGGUUAUUAUGGAGAAUAAACAGACACAAAAGGUGGAGUCAAUCCAUGGUUAUGUCCCUAUAGACGAGAAGAAAGGCAUUGUUGAAGACGAUUUCCCCAAACCAACUGCUUCUUCUCUUCGACUAAAGAGUCCUGAAGUGAAGAGCAAGAAAGAAGCUCCCAAGGUUACUUCAUAUAAGCCGGCAGAGGCUAAAGCACAGAAGCACGCUCCUACUAAGUUCAAAGAGGAAAUGUUAUCUGCCUGCUCAUCCUCGACUUCCAUCCACAAACCAAGAGAAGCAGUGAGACGGUUUGAAGGCCAAUGUCAUCCGCUGGAGAUAAACUCCAUCGUGGCUCUCAACGGACACGAACAAGCCGCUCGAGAACUGAAACCGAUUGCCACCAGAGCAAAGCCAAUGUCUUCUUCCACCAGAAAACGUUCCAAUGACGAUCCAUUCAUGGUGUAUAUUCUGAAUCUGCUUGUAGGCGUUAUGUUGUUCAGAUUCAUUUUGUAUAUAAUCUUCAACCUUUGAGACGUUAAUGCUCUAUAUGCGGGAGUAUUAUCCUCCGACGCCAAAGAUGUCGGUGAGGGUCCAACGUUCUGUUAGGUUGUCUACUAUUUUCCCAGGCAAGACUUGUAAGCAUUCCUCCCGCAUGUAAUUGUUGUCUGCUGCCAUCCGAGAGACUUCAUAUGCUGGAAAGUAAAGCAUCUUAUGUUAUUACUCCAUUCCAUUCCCUCGUUAUUCCACCAUAGCAAGAGGACCACAUAAGUUCCGGGAUUUUGCUAACAGGUUAUUGUUAGGCCUGUACAGAAACUCCUGCGAGCAUAAAGAUCAAUUGAUGCAUAGUAAUAGGCAAGCUUCGAGGAAAGGAAAGGCGCCAUUGGAAUAUGAUCAAAUUACCAGACCAACUGCUGGUUGCAGCUUCUCUCAUGUCAUUCAGAUCUCGGGUGGAAUUACAUGUUUCAAGAAGUUUUAGGGACUGAGUUGUAACAAAUAGUCUAUGACACCAUAGGGACCUUUUCGCAAUUAAAACCCAGAAAGUCAAAUGGCAAGACUGGUCGACGGUCAACAGUUUCCACAUACUUCAGGUACUCCCGACCUCACCCAAUCAUUACCUCCAACCUCCAAACGGAAUAAACGCCCACAGAAUCAGAGACAGACGGUAGCCUACCCCUGGUUUCAUCAAAACCGACAUCUCUCUCUGUGCACAAAUACAUACAGCUUCUCUAGCUUAGAGUUCAACCUUCAGAGAGUGCAUCAAUGGCUCCAAGUGCAGCAAUGUUGAUUCUUCACUUCCAACCAAGAGCCGCAUCCUCCCAACAAAGCAUAUAUCCUCAGAAAGAAUCAACACAACUCAACGUUGAGGUCUUUGCGGAGCCAUUUAGGAGAGAAAAACUGAGGUCAAGCAAGAUCGAGAAGCGGCAGGGCCUCGCAUCUGACCCUUCCAUCCCAUCUUCGACUACCCAACCCGACAGAAGGUUUGAAGAUGCUCUACAGCUCGGCUGCUGCUAGGAGAUAUAUAAUAUACAUCUUCAAUUUGUGUCUGUGUAUUUGUAUCAGCAAUGAAUCAUGAGAUGCCAAUGGUCGUACUGUAUGAGAAUGCAAAUAGUAGAAUGCAAUCACUUUCGUUUCUCACUUCAA